GUUCUGGUAAAACAGCAGCAUUCAUAUGGCCAAUGCUGAUACACAUAAUGGAUCAAGAAGAACUUAAAAAAGGAGAAGGACCUAUUGGAUUAAUAUUGGCGCCUACAAGGGAAUUGACAAGUCAAAUUUACAUUGAAGCCAAAAAAUUUGCAAAGAGUUACGGAUUGAGAGUUGCUGCAGUUUAUGGCGGUGCCUCUAAAAUGGAUCAAUUCAAAGAACUGAGACAGGGUAAUAUAGAAAUCCUUGUUGGUACACCAGGAAGACUUAUUGACAUGGUAAAAAUGAAAGCAACAAAUUUCCGUCGAGUUAGUUUCUUGGUCCUUGAUGAAGCUGAUCGAAUAUAUAUCAUUAUGAUUCAACGUUACGUUAAUAUAUCUAGAACCACAACAUUACUUUUUAGUGCAACCUUUCCCAAAAAAGUGGAAAAAUUAGCUCGUGAAGUUACAACAGAACCUAUUAGAAUAUCAAUUGGCAAUAUUGGACAGGCAAAUACUGAUAUCACACAAGUAUUUGUUAUUCUAACCGAUGAUGGGUAUAAAUGGGACUGGCUGAUUUCGAAUUUAGUGGCACUUUGUGUUGAUGGCAGCGUCUUAAUUUUUGUUAGUCGCAAAGGUGGAGUUGACGAAUUAUCCCUGAAUCUUCGACAAGCUGGUCAUGAAUGCGGCGCUUUGCAUGGUGAUAUGAUGCAGUCAGAACGUGACAAAGUAUUAAAAGAUUUUAAGAAUAGUAAAUUUUCUGUGUUGGUGGCAACUGAUGUAGCUGCAAGAGGUCUUGACAUCAAAUCAGUUAAGACUGUGAUUAAUUAUGAUAUCGCAAGAGAUAUUGAUUCUCAUGUACAUCGAAUUGGAAGGACAGGAAGAGCGGGCGAAAAGGGUACCGCAUAUACGUUUAUUACAAAGAAAGAAGAUAAAUUUGCAGGUGAUUUGGUUAGAAAUCUUGAAUUAGCUGGACAAAUUGUCCCAACUGAUUUGAUGGAUUUGGCAAUGCAGAAUAAUAGAUUCCGCAAAUCAAGAAAUAUGAUUAGAGGAAGACGUGGUGGAAAAAGUGGUCGUGGACGAGGUCGCGGCGGAAGUGGUCGUGGUGCAGUUGGUUCUAGUUCAAAUUCUAUUCCACUUGGAGGAGGAAGAGCAGGAAUUGGAAGUGAUGAUGGUGGACGUAGUAGUGGCGGUGUACAAAUACCACCUCCACCGCAUCUUGAUGCUGGUCCUCCUGCCAAAAAGAUUUUUUCAAAAAUUCAAAUGAAUUUUCAUAAAGCGACAUCAGCUGAAUCAGGAUUAGGAUUACUUAGAUCAACAACUGCUAAUAGUAAUACACAAUCUCCUUCAAAUCAAUCACAACAAUCUACGGGAACUUUACGUAAACGUCGUUGGGAUUCUAAAUAA